AUUAGUUCUGUUGACUUAUAGACACAGCGUGCUACGGACAAUAUUUGUAGUGCCAUCAGUUACACUCGAACCAUGGAUUUUAUAAAGUAUUUGACAGUGUUGGUGGUGUUCUGUUUCGGUGAUGGAGAGUCAGGUGGACACGGAGGGAAACACCAUGACCACGUCAGAAUCCAUAUGCCGGAGUUUGUCCAUCACGAUCACCACACAAAAGUGAUUACCAUUCACCACCAUCAUCAUAAACCGAAGAAGGAGCACCACCAUCAUCAUCACCACCAUCACCACAAGCCUCAUGUUACUCAUCAUGUUCCGAAUUACCACCAUCACCAUAAGAAACUUCAUGUCACUACGAAGACAGUGUCUAAAGGUCAUGGGCACAGUCAUCACGGACAUGGUCAUCACCAUGGUUCCCACGGGCAUCAUAGUCAUACCAGUCAUCAUGGGCAUCACGGCCAUCACGGGCAUUACGGACAUCACGGACAUCAUCAUCACGAUCCGGUCUCUUACGACCCUCCUGUCUCCUACGACUCUCCGAGCACAACCUUCGAAGAAGACUUUGGCUCGUCGUUUACACCCUCAGCACCAGUGUAUGGGGGUAUUGCUCAAGCGCCUCAAUACCAUGGAAUUACACCUCAGGUACAUGGAGUAACACAUACAGUGAAACAAGUGAAAGUGUUUGAUUCAUUACCAGGUGCUAUACCCGGCAACAUCAAUGUUGAUCCUUCUCACGGAUACGAAGUAACAGAGGCUGAUGAUGAUGACGACGAUUCAUUCAGUGCCGUGAAUAGUCUACAACAGACGUACCCUGCGACCUUCUCGUUCGUACGAGGCGCUGAUGCCCCAACACUUGAUUCUUUUAGUCAAUUAAGUCCUCAAACCUCUGUUCAGACCCACGAUCCAUUUGCAACUGCUCCAGAACCGACAUCCGCUUUGGGUGAUGUGGAAUCCUUUACGGGAGGAGGGCAGCAGACAGCUUUUGCAUCUUUGGCUCCCACUCACAGUGUAGGCAUACCAGUAUCAGUUAGUGCUGAACCAUCAGCCGAAUACCCAGUAACAUAUCCUGAGGAUCAAACAGGAUUUGACAGUCCGCAGAACUCAUUCAUAGGUUCCACUGGUGAAACAGCACUUCUAUCGAAUGACGACAAUAGCAUCAGCGAAGAGACUCCCGUCUCCUUCUCCAGGGCUGGAGGUAUACAACAAAUAAUUAAGACUGGUGGAAUUGAAACUGUUGUUUAUUAA